UAAUCUUAUAAUAUAAAUCAUUUCGCUGUAAUUAUUUACUUAACCUUAAAAUUAUAGACAAAAUAAUCUUUUAGUUGUAGUUUCUUAGUACUAUUUUCAAUUUUUUUUUCAUUUUAAAUUUCCUAUCUGUAAGAUAAAUAGAACUAUCUGUGUUAUACAUAAACGAUCAAAAUGUGCAAAGGUUGGUAAGAGUAUUUUUCAUUCAAGGCAACAAAAUAUAAAAAUAUGGAACAAAAAUGUGUCAUCGAAGAAACUAAAGGAAACAUCAAAAUUAUUACAUUAAACAGGCCUCGGAAGAAAAACGCCAUCAAUAAUGAAAUAUACAUUCGAGUAACUAAAAUACUAAAUGAUGCAGCGACUGAUGAUGAAAUUUUAAUAGUUGUAUUGACAGGAACUGGUGAUUUUUAUAGCAGUGGUAAUGACUUUAAUGCAAGCAAUGAUGUCCCUGUUACCGAUUUAUCAAGAAACCUUCGAGAAUUCAUAAAUGCUUUUAUAAGAUUUCCUAAGAUAUUGAUUGCUAUUGUAAAUGGUCCUGCAAUAGGAAUAGCUGCGACGACUCUUCCAUUAUGCGAUUUUGUUUUCGCUUCUGAAAAUGCAUAUUUUUAUACUCCAUUUACGAAGUUACGUAUUAUAGCUGAGGGUUGCUCUACAGUAACAUUUCCGAAGUUGAUGGGUGUAAGGAGGGCGAUGGAAAUGCUAAUUAUGAAUUAUAAAAUGUCAGCUCAAGAAGCUUUGAAUUGUGGAUUAAUCAAUUAUCUUCAUAAGAACGAUGAAUUACAAGUGAAGGCUUGGGAUAAAAUUACUGAAAUUUCAAAUCUAUCAUCAGAUUCAGUACUUACUACUAAAAGAUUAAUCAGAAAAUUCGACAUGGAUAAGCUACUAGAAACUAACAUUCUUGAGUUACAAGAACUUCAAAGAAUUGUAAAGUAUUCAAAUCUUAAUAGUAAACUGUGAGUUUUGACAAUUCUAUUUAUGUAUGUUUUGUUUGAAUCGAAUUUGUCUCUAAUCGACGUUAUCCAAGCAAAAUGUCUGUAAAGUUUACGCUUUAAAAAAUAUUAUAAACCAGAUAUAUAUUUUUUAAAAUUUUGUACAUGAAUGUAAAUAAUAUCAAUACAUUUAUU